UAAUUAGUGGGAUUUAUGAAUCAUUCUGAUAUAGUCUUGGGAAGUGCGUGUUUUCUCCUCUUCUUUCUUUUUUUCGGCUAAAUGGGUGAUCACGCAUUCGCUUUGCAGUUGCCUGGUCCCUCUAACAUCAUAUCCUUGUCGGAGUUGUCCCACUUCAUCAGACACUACAGCAGCAGCCCUGCGAGCCCGGUGUAUGAUCUCCUGAAUUGCAACAAUAAGAAUAAUAAUAAUACUAAUAACUCCUCGUCUCUGUUUCCCCUCGUUGCAGCUCAGCAAACCAUGCAGGAUGAUUUACUGAUGGACAAAAACAAAGCCCAGCCUCACCAUCAGCAAGAUCCGACGCAAGUAGACCCUCCUCCCUCCACCCCGACCCCGUCAUCGGAGCCCACUUCUUCUUCAUCGGAGUCGGAGAGCCCGUCGACCGGGAGCAAUCAAGCGGCUUCAGCGCUGAACAGCAGCAGCAGCAGCAGCGGCAGCAGCAGCAGCAAGGACAAAGUGCCGAUGGAGUCGCCGAUCCUGCCCGGGUUGAGCUUCCACCACCAGCCGCAGGAGACCGGCGGCUCUCUUUCCUCUCCUUCCUCCUCUUCGUUUGGGAGCACUUGGUCCACGGGAACCACAAACGCCGUGGACGAUAGCUUUUUCCAGGGAAUACCCUCGGUGAACGGGACGAUGCUUUUCCAGAACUUCCCCCACCAUGUCAACCCGGUGUUCGGGGGGAAUUUCUCCCCUCAGAUCGGUCUGGCUCCACAGUCCCAACAGCAUCAACAGCAAGCCCAACAGCAGCAGCAGCAGCAGCAACAGCAGCCCCAGCAAAGGAGAUCUCCUGUCAGCCCCAGCCAAGGCCCCUUCCCCCAGAGAAACGCUUAUCAGACCAUCAUGAAUAACAGCAAGGGGUCGUCAUCGUCAUCUUCUGCCUCGUCGUCCGCUUGGAAUAAUCACCAAAACGCCGCAUGGAGCACAGCCUCCAACCCCUGGAGCGGCAUGCAGGCAGGCAGAGACCCGCGCAGAGCUGUGGGCGUCGGGGUAGGGGUCGGGGUCGGUGUCGGCGUCGGGGUGCCUUCACCUCUGAACCCCAUCUCCCCUAUGAAAAAGCCCUAUACCAGCAAUGUUAUAGCACCCCCAAAAUUCCCAAGACCUGGUCCCCUCACCCCCAAGCCCUGGAUGGAGGACAGCGCCUUCAGGACUGACAACAGCAACAACAUACUGCCUUUCCAGGACCGGAAUCGGCCCUUUGAUGCUUUUAGCUUGCACUCUUUGGAGAGUUCCUUAAUGGAUAUGAUAAGGACUGACCAUGACAAAGGUAAACCACACCCUGCCGGUGGCCCACCAAUGACUAUCGCUGAUAUUAUAUGGAGGAAUCAUUUUGCAGGACGUAUGGGCAUCAACUUUCAUCAUCCUGGAGCAGACCACAUAAUGCCAUUGAAUACCCGGAGCUAUGGCCGCAGAAGAGGUCGUUCCUGUCUUUUUCCCUUUGAAGAUGGUUUCCUCGACGAUGGCCACGGUGACCCCUCCUUGACCCCCGGCCUGAACUCCCCAACCCGCUGUCAGAAUGGAGAGAGGAUGGAGCGCUACUCCAGGAAGGUCUUUGUCGGAGGCCUUCCCCCUGAUAUAGAUGAAGAUGAAAUCACCAACAGUUUCCGUCGCUAUGGACACCUGGUGGUAGACUGGCCCCACAAAGCUGAGAGCAAAUCCUACUUCCCACCUAAAGGCUACGCCUUCCUGCUGUUCCAGGAAGAGACCUCUGUUCAAGCCCUGAUCGACGCUUGCAUUGAAGAGGACGGAAAGCUCUACCUGUGUGUGUCCAGUCCCACCAUCAAAGACAAACCGGUCCAGAUCCGUCCCUGGAAUCUGAGUGAUAGUGACUUUGUCAUGGAUGGCUCCCAGCCUCUAGACCCCCGCAAGACCAUCUUUGUAGGGGGGGUGCCUCGGCCCCUGCGUGCAGUGGAGCUGGCUAUGAUCAUGGACCGGCUGUAUGGAGGUGUUUGCUACGCUGGCAUCGACACCGACCCAGAGCUCAAAUACCCAAAGGGAGCCGGCCGUGUGGCCUUCUCCAAUCAGCAGAGCUACAUUGCUGCCAUCAGCGCUCGCUUCGUUCAGCUGCAGCACAAUGACAUCGACAAAAGGGUGGAGGUGAAGCCGUACGUCCUGGAUGACCAGAUGUGUGAUGAGUGCCAGGGGGCACGCUGCGGGGGGAAGUUCGCCCCCUUCUUCUGUGCCAACGUCACCUGCCUGCAGUACUACUGCGAGUACUGCUGGGCCAGCAUCCACUCGCGAGCCGGCCGAGAGUUUCACAAGCCACUGGUGAAGGAGGGGGGCGACCGCCCUCGACACGUGUCCUUCCGCUGGAGCUGAGGGGGGGGGUCACGAGUCAGCCCUGCCCCGGUGAAACCCACGCCUGACCCCCACCCACCCCCCUCCCCUACAAAAAAAAAUAAAAAAUCCUGCACCCCCCUGCUACACCUACAGUCCGGGACAGUGCUGCAACACCCCCCAGGCCCCCCUCUCCUCCCUCCCCCGGCCCCACGUACUCCACCCUGCUCCCCACAAACACCUCAUGAAAAAAGCAAAAAGGAUAUCAUCAGACACAGUACACGGGACUUUCUUCAUACCACACGGCUCUGAACUCAUUGUCUAGUGUUUCCCUCUGAUGAAGCAUUGCGGGGAAAUGAAAUGCGGAAAGUCUAUCAGCUUAGAAUUUGCACUUUGGCACAAAAUCUCACUAAACACACACUCUCUCACACACACACACACACACACACACACACACACUCACACACACAGGAUGGUAUGUUAGACCCCUGGCUACUUUCACUUCCCCGUUCUGUUGACUGGGUGGUGUGGUACGUCCUGUCGGGACCCUCCCCCCCUUACUGAAGCAGAGGUGGGACCAUACAAAUAUUUUAAAAAAGUAUAUAUUUUUUGUUUUGUACCUAUCUAUACAUAUAUAGAUAAUUUAAAUUUAAUGUAAAAGGAGCAUGCACUUAUUUUCAAAAGCUGUAGUUAUAUUGCCCCUAGUAAAAUAAUAAUAAUAAUAAUAAUUACCAAAGGCAAAUGAAAUUAAUGCAUACAGAAAAGCAAAGUAGGUGGCAUAAGAUGUAGCAAGAUUUAACAACUAUCAAGUAGUGUGGGCCUGUAACGCCCAGAGUAAAAAUAACACGGCUAUAUUUGCUCUCAAUUCUGACUCUGAAAAUAUUAAUACCUCAUAUGCGCAAUCAGAUUAGUUUGCUUUUCGAUUUCUAGGUCUUUAUUUUUAUAAUAACAUUAUUUUUUAGUGUUAUGUAAAUGUAAUGCUGCAAUAGCUUUGCUGCUAAAUCCAUGGUAUAAACAGAUACCAUAAGUACUUUAUUCAGGCUAGGGUGUAAAAUAAUAUACAACUGAAGCACCUGGUGUUUUAGGACGACGAGCUAUCAUAGGGGGAGGGGGCGCCCCUAGACAAACGAUGGCUACCUUUUGUGGGGGGUUCGGGGUGGGUGGCCCCUUAACUGCAUGUUUAUUUCAAUCAGGUUGCUGCAUGCAAUAGACUUUUUCAGUAUCAUGUCUACUAUUCGAUUCUGCCCAUGUUUGCACAACACACUAUAGACGUACGUUCGACUCGCACAAAACUGGACAGACACAGGGAAGACUGGUCAAAGGAAUCAUGGCGGCUGGUCGCUGCCAGAGCAGUCGGUUCCUGCAGAAACAGGCAGUGAACACAUCCAGACGAUGAGGGGGGAAAAAAAUAAAAAACAACCUUAAUAAUCACAAAUCAAAUUAAAUGUAGGAUUACCAUUUAAAGCUGUCUAUAAUAGGUGAAGUACUUUUUUGCAGUGAUUGUUGAUAUAAUUGUGCAAUUUUUUAUACCGUAUGUAGUUAGGUCUGAGUAUGCCUAGAACUGUGAUUCGCUUUAACUGUCGUUAAUGUCCGACAUAGAAGUCCUGUGAAACUUCAUAACUAGUGUAUGCACACGUAUAUAUGUUCUCUUGUACACACACUUGCACCAGUAUACACAGAAGCCUCUCGACACACAUGAACACACACAUACAGACACACACACACAUAUACAGACACACACACACACACACACACACACACACACGGACGGCUGUCUUUCUUACGCACACUUAACAGGCCUACAAACACUGAGUCUGAUCGGAAGAGAAGACGCAACAAUGUGAGCUUAAACUGAGAACUGAGGGGUUUUUUUAGUUUUGUUUUUUUAAAGAGAAUUUGUUCCACCGUUGUUGACAAAAGCGCACGUUUACGUCCCAGAACGCAACCAAAGAGCUCACGUGAUCGACUUUUGACACACCACCUAUAUAACACACAGAGCAAACAGCCACCCGCGGAGGAGGCUGCGCUGCUCCUGCGGCCUCCUUGCAGAGGAGCUGGCGGUGCAGCGGUGCAGUCGAUUUUUAGAUGAGGAAAAAAAAGAGGGUAGUUGCGAAGAGGAAUGUGGGAGGAGGGG